AUGCAAGCACGCCGGGUGUCAAGCACGAGUCAAGACGGUGACAGCAUUCGUAUUUGUGUCUGCCCGCCGGGUCCAAAGAUUGCAGGACCACGAAACGCAUACGUCCUAUACUUUCAGCAUCGUCAGGCCCAAGUUCCCGCCGAGCAUCCAGGUCUGCGACAGCAGGAGAUUGCUAAGAUUAUAGGCGAGCAGUGGCGGACGCUGGAGGUCGAAAUUAAGAAAGAGUGGUAUGCACUCGCGGACGAGGAGAAGAAACGCCAUCAAGCGCAAUAUCCGUAUUACCGCGCCCAACCGAAGUCAGGUCGACGGAACGCGUAUCCCGCCGAGAUGGGAUUCACUCCUGCCGUUCAAGAACUCACAUGUAAUAGAUGUGGCGGCAUCACAGUUGCCUGUGCUCCCAGCUCAAAGAAAGCACGCACUGGUAUUGUUCAAGUCCAUCAUCACAAGCGUAGCAAUUCCUAA